UUAGGGCUCCAACAGCUUCUCGGCCCUCGUUCGCUCGCUCGCAUCGCAUCGCAUCGCUCUUUGUUUCUUUCUUUUCCUUCAUUUAAUCAAAUGUGUUCUGUGUUCGUUGUUGCACCGGGGAUUUUGCUCAUCGGACCCUGCGAAAUCCCCUCCAAAUUCCAUGCCCUCUGUAGCGCUGGAGGACAUCGCUUUUGUCCCCCCCUGAUGAGAUGACUGGUGCAGCAAAAUCUUCCAGGACCAGUGCUGUUGAUGAAUUUGCCACUUGCGUCCCAUAGCCGUUUGCCGUUGUGUGUUCAAGCACUGCGACCUCGCCGGUCGACAGCCUUGGGUUUUGGGUACCGUUGAAUUUGGUGUGGAUUGUUUUGCUGCGAUGUGAGUUGGUUGGUGUUGGGGACGAGAGGGAUUGGGCAAGCCUGGAGUUGGUUUGAACGAGUGGUGGCGUUGGUUUUUGUGGAGGAGUAUUCUCGCAGCAUGCCCCUGGGUGUCGGUGACCCUCUCGGUCUUGGGAGAUCAGGUAAUCUCGGUAGGAGGAGAGAGAUGGCUAAACAGGUCAGCAAACAGAGUAUUGCCGAAAUGCGGGCUAUAGUGGGCGUAGAUCCUAGUGAAAUGGACCUAAUUCGAGCUCUUCACUUAGCAGGAAACGACGUCGCUGCGGCUGUGAACAUUUAUUUCGAUACUCCAAAAUCCAAUUUCGCUUCAAAACCUAAAAUUCCACGUCGACCUGUAAGAGCAGUUAGCUCUAGUACGCAAGUGCGCCCUUCUUAUCAAAGAUCAAAUUCAUCUUCCUCCAGCCUUAGUCAACCUUCAAACCAUUCUAGCAUACCAAAAGCUCCUGCAGAAAGAUAUUCGAAUUCUGCGAAUAUGACGAAUAUUUCUGAUGCCAGGCCUAGUCCAGAAUUAGCUUCACCAAGAGCUCACGCAGCUCCUGACCGGCCACCUCCUGUUGACUACCCUUCUCAUGCAGACUCCGAACACACACGCAUUGAACUCAAAUCAAGAAAUGCCGACAGUAAUGUACAUAGGAUGCAAGGUAUUUCCCCAGGUUCUUGUAGCGCAGGUUCUUCGGAGGCGGUGUUUAUAGAUCAGCUUGCGCCUGCGGUUGAGACUCUGUCACCAGGCGUCUCUUCUCCGAAUCCUGCGGAGGAUAACUGCACUCAACAAUUCGGUCCUGCUCUUAUGCCAAGUUUUGAUUUAUUCCCAAGCGACCCGGACAUGUCCACAGUGUCUACCAUUCCGGUGGUUCCAAGUCUCGGAGACAAACCACAUAAUUCGUUUCCAAAUGAUCCUGACCUGUCUGUUCUCUCCGUCGUUCCCGGUGCCCCCAAAAGGUCUGUCCGUAUGUUUCCAAGUUGCGCAGGCGAAUCGUUGUCUACUGUAGUCCGGAGUGCCUCGGACAAGAACUGGCUUCUCCUUGGUGAAGCAGAGGUUGUUGGGUAUUCUACGUGCAAGGGUCCUAAGCUUCAAGCUGGAGAUCUCUUGCAGUUCAAUUUUCCCAAGCCAGCUGUCGCAGCGGAUGUCAGAAAGGGACCCUGGGGAAGAGGCAAGGGUGCAUCAACUGCUGCUGAAAUCGUUCGAUUUUCUUGCCAAAGAUCAGGAGAGGUUGGUCGGAUACCAGGAGAUUGGGCUCGCUCUUUGAUACCGUUGGUCAAUUCAGGCAAAGUAAAGGUGGAAGGCAAAUGCCGUAGCUCUCCAGCAAAUCUUUCACUCAUGUCUAGUAUCAUCGUGGACUUCAAGGUUUAUGUUUGUCGAUCAAUGUUCGCAAAAUAUAACAGUUCAACAGCUCGCAUUACGGCAUCUUCUGAAGGAACUCUUCAUCAGCCUCUUCCUACCUUGCUUCGUCUUCUUCACAGACAACCCAUAACCAGGGCAGCUUUUACACCGGAGGAGCUUUACAGCCGGAAGCGAACGCUUGAUCGUCAUGUUGGAGAUGUUACACCAAUCGUGAAGAAAUUGAAGCUUUCAUCUGCUGAGGGCUCAACCGCGGGUGCCCAAGCAGAGGUUGCUGAAGAGGAAGUAUCUGUACUUUCUGAUGAAGAUGUGACGAAGCUUGUUGGUUCAGCAGAUGCUUGCAAAUUAGACGAGAUGGAUCCUCCUCCUAUCUUGAAUUGCGAGCUUCGACCUUAUCAAAAGCAGGCCUUGCACUGGAUGACGCAGCUGGAAAUUGGCGCUACAACUGAAGAUGCUUCUCGUACUCUGCAUCCAUGCUGGGAAGCGUAUGAUUUGUCCGAGGAAAACACCACCUUUUAUCUUAAUCUUUUCUCUGGUGAAGCAAGUUUGGAGUUUCCAAGUGCUUCUUCGGCUGCACGAGGGGGGAUCCUUGCCGAUGCAAUGGGUUUAGGUAAAACUGUUAUGAUGAUUUCGGUUGUGAUGGCCAAUCCUGGAAGAGGAGGGCUGGCCACAGAUCCUGCCGUUUCUGGGUCUUCCAACACAUUAGAGGCCCCUAGGAGCCAACUUGGCAAUUUAUCUCAAGUGAUGGAGAUGAGAAAGAAGCAAAGUGGUCUCCGAAAAGGAGGGGGCACCUUGAUCGUGUGUCCAAUGACCUUGCUUGGCCAGUGGAAGUCGGAGUUUGAGACUCAUGUGGCUGGAGACUCCCUGUCAGUGUAUGCUUAUUAUGGCACUGACCGCAUAAGAGAACGCAAAGCUCUCUUAGAACAUGACAUCGUAUUGACCACCUAUGGUGUGGUGGCUUCUGAAUCAAAUCAAUCUAAUUUUAUGGAAGAUGGACCUCUUCACUCAAUACACUGGUUUAGGAUUGUCCUUGAUGAGGCUCACACCAUCAAAGCAUUUCGCACAAGUACAUCUAAAGCAGUUUUUAUGCUGACUGCCGACCGACGGUGGUGUCUUACUGGAACACCUAUUCAGAACAAACUGGAGGAUGUGUUUAGUUUACUGCACUUUCUGCGCAUUGAACCCUGGAGCAAUUAUAGCUGGUGGGAGAAGUUGGUUCAGAAGCCCUGUGAAGAGGGUGAUGAAAGGGGGCUGAAUUUGCUACAAGCCAUUCUACAGCCGCUUAUGCUCCGCCGCACUAAGGAUAGUCUUGACCAACAUGGCAGACCCAUCCUAGUGCUUCCUUCAGUAGACAUGCAAGUCGUGGAAUGCGAAUUCACAGAAGCUGAACAGGAUUUUUAUACUGCCCUGUACAAAAAGUCUAAGACCAAGUUUGACCAGUUUGUAGAGCAAGGAAAGGUGCUACACAAUUAUGCAUCUAUCCUUGAGUUGCUGUUGCGUCUUCGUCAAUGCUGCGACCAUCCCUUCCUUGUGAUGAGCCGUGGUGACACUGCAGAUUACGCGGACCUUGACAAGUUAGCUAAACGAUUUUUAAAAGGAGAACAAGAGGGGCUUGUAAAUAGACCAACGAAGGCAUUCGUUGAAGAAGUGGUCAAGGAUCUACAGACUGGGCAAAAGGGGGAGUGCCCCAUUUGUUUGGAGUCCAUGGAAGAUGCUGUCCUUACGCCUUGUGCCCACCGCUUGUGCAGAGAUUGUUUGUUUGCUUCAUGGCGAAGCUAUGGGGGAGGGCCGUGCCCAAUCUGCAGGCAAACGUUGACGCGUCAAGAUAUUAUAACCGCUCCUUCUGAGAGCCGUUUCCAAGUUGAUGUUGAAGCCAACUGGACUGAUUCUUGCAAAGUAAAUGCACUUAUGAACGAGCUUGAGGAACUUCGACCGUCAGGCGCCAAAAGUGUCGUAUUCAGUCAGUGGACUGCUUUCUUGGAUCUUCUUGAAAUUCCUUUCAAAAGGAAGAAAAUAAAGUUUGUACGGCUGGAUGGAUCCCUCUCCCAGCAGCAACGAGAAAAAGUUUUAAACGAUUUUAGGAGUCAAUCAGACAUCAUGGUUAUGCUGAUUUCACUUAAAGCUGGAGGAGUGGGCAUUAAUCUAACUACCGCUUCUAAUGCUUUCCUGUUGGAUCCAUGGUGGAACCCGGCUGUCGAAGAGCAGGCAAUUAUGCGGAUACAUCGCAUUGGUCAAACCAAAGAUGUCCAAGUUAAGCGGUUUAUUGUAAAGGGAUCAGUUGAAGAAAAGAUGCAAGCAGUGCAAGCAAGAAAGCAACGGAUGAUUGCUGGGGCGCUCAAUAACCAGGAAGUUCGCGUGGCACGAAUUGAGGAACUGAAAAUGCUCUUUUGCUAGUUGUAGUCGAAGCAUGGGCUUGCAUCUGUAUAGUGGUUACCAUCAGCAGCUUCUAGGAAGACGCGUUUUGCCGGUUCCUCUGUGUUGUCUUUUCAUAUUUAUGUUCGAAAUUUAGGAUUUAGUUUAUUGCUGCUGAGCAGAGGGAUACCACACUUUUUAGCUCACUUAUUAGGAGCUGUCUCAGGCUAGAUGCAAGGUUGCACUUGGCCCACGAAGUGGUGAGUCAAAUGGAGACGAGAUUGUUUAUCUCGUCAACCAAUUUUAGAAUACAAUUUAUUGUUUAAGUUCCACACAAGAUUCCUAUGACCCAAAUGUCUAAACUUCGUUUGGAUAAAUAUCCUCCGAAGCACAAUACUUAUGAUUAUAGCUUCAGGAUCAUUCUGGAGUUCAUCAGGCAAACA